GAUGGUUUCUCCCGGCAUCAGUGUAGCACUCCGCCAAGUUGUUGAAUCUUUCUUGUUGUCGUGUAUCGACCGGCUAGGCAACGCAUGAUUUUGCCCGCUUCUUUAAAUUGUGUUUAACGCUUCCAUGGAUAUUCGACGCGCUUAAUUUCAAGAAUUAUAAUGAUUUAGAUAUAGUGUCAUCAUCUCGAAGGCCAAUCAUCCAGCUGAAAAAAUGGAUAUAUUUCGUAAAACCUUUCUUUGUUUUUUCAUAGAAUACUUUCUGCUGGCCUUGACAUUCGGACAAGACAGUUACUAUUUCCAACCACAUCCACAAGAUCAGGAUGUUCGAAAGGGACAAAGUGUCACUCUCGAAUGUGGCGUGUCAAACAACCGACACGUGGUGUUCUAUUGGACAUUGAAUGGGGAUUCAGUUGCUAACACGUCUCGCCGGUUUCAGGUUGGUAGCAAUUUGCACAUAACUAGAGUUGACCCAUCUAAGGAUAUUGGAGAAUUCAAGUGCAUUGCUACUAACGUCACUACUGGAAUAUCUCUGGCUAGUCAAGGAGCUCAAUUAAAUAUUCUUUGGAUAGGAGACCAAGCUCGCGUUGUCCUUCAAAGUCCAGAUUCUCCUGAGGAAUUGAAGGAAGGGGGUGAAAUGGUCCUGAGAUGCAAAGUGGAAGGAAGUUCUGAAGUUCGGUUUGAGUGGUUCCACAAUGGUCUGAGACUGUUCAGGAAUGAAAGAAUCUCUUUCCGGAACAAGCGUUUACAGGUUGCAUCCCUCACACCAUCAGACAAUGGAAUAUACUCUUGUCGAGCAAUCAGCGAUGUGGGUGUUGUUGAUAGUGCUGACAACUUUGCUUUGAUUCUACCUAGUGAUACAGCUGCUCAUAUUAAAGUAUUACCAAAAGAUACAAUAUCUACCAGAAACGGAUCUGCAUGGUUCGAUUGUGUGUUUGAAAAUGCUGCUGCUAUUGAGUGGUAUACUCAAACAAAUGAUGUUCCAUUAGUCAAUAAUAGCAGAUUUACACUGUUUCCCAAUGGUUCCCUGCACAUUAAGGGUAUAUUGGAUUCUGAUGAAGGAAUAUACAAGUGUGUUGGUAUAAGUGACAUAAGCAAAGAAGCUCCUCAACAGAUAUAUGCUGCCAGACUAAAAUUAGCUUAUAUCAAUUCUUUUGAGGAUAAUCCCUUUGAACCUCCAAUUACGCACGAUGAGUUAAAAGUUGUGGCAUUAGGCAGUCAGUUUGAAGUGACGUGUGUCAAUCCUGGUGGAACGCCAAAAGUACGAAUCUGGUGGGAAGAUCCCAGUGGCCACGUAAUUAGCGAUAGCGGACGAAUUCGUGUGGAUGAUUCUCAGCUGAUAGUAGAUAAUGCAAAGAAGACUGAUACUGGCAAUUAUACGUGUGUCGCUACAAAUAUUGCUGGUGAAGAAAAAACAUCUUUAUACUUUUAUGUUGCAGGUAAUUUUCAUAUUUAUUUUAACAUUUUUAUGCCAGUUAAAGUAUCUGCAUCUUCCACAUUAAAAUUUUUUCUGAGGUUGUACUUUUNUCCAGUUACUUCUGUUAGGUGGUUAAAAGAUAAACAACCAUUUAAAGCCAGAAAUGGGCAUUCACACAUCUAUUCCCACAACGGCACACUUUUUAUUCACAAGGUUGCUCUGUCUGAUGCUGGAGAUUACUCAUGUGAGGUCAUCACUAAUGGUUUUCCACCUGUUACAUCUGAAGAAGCUAAAUUAGUAGUUAAAGAACAACUUAAAUUUGUACCACCUCCUGUUAGCACGCGACUAGAGUUGGGAGCUUAUACAAAGAUCUAUUGCAAGGCCAGGGGAAAUUCUGCCCCAGUUGUCCGGUGGAAAAAGAUGGGUCAGCCCUUUUUUGAUUGGCCUUCUCACAUACAAGACGAUAAUGGGACUCUCACUUUCAAGGGAGUCACUCAUGAAGAUGCUGGAAAAUACACCUGCAUUGCUACCAGUUCUCAGGGAAUCAUCAAUGCCACAAUUAAUGUUGAUGUGGUUGUAAUGCCAAAAUUUGUUGUUGAACCUGUUGACACUCAGGCGUAUGAAGGUUAUCCUGCAAUCUUGCAUUGUCAAGCUUUAGGAGAUCCCAUGCCUGCCGUACAGUGGGAUAAAAACAACAUGAUGGACAAUUUUGACAAGAAACGUUUUCAAGUGAUGGAGAAUGGGUCUCUCUAUGUUUCUGAAGUUCAUAUGGAAGAUGAAGGAAAAUAUGGGUGUACAGUUGGCAAUAGUGGAGGAUUUAAGAGGGCAGAAGUAACCUUGAACGUCAAAAGUGCUGAACAUUACAGUCCAAAUAGUGCUGGUAAAGGAUUUAAUACCGACGAGGAUAUACCCAUGUCCAAAACUGUUGGAAUCACAUUAGGAGCUGCAGGAGUCUAUAUGUUUCUUGUGAUUGGUUUAAUGGUUUAUUGCAGAAUGAGAAGAGCUAGAAAGAAGGCAAGAUUAUUAGCAGAAGCUACUGCUGAAACUAAGAGUGAAAAUGGAACAUUGCCCAAUGACACAGAAAUGAAUGCUAUUGUGACAAAACCACUAAAUGGGAGUGCUGGGAGAAGUGAUUGUGAAGCCCAGUCUCACAGCUCUGGUUCUCAUUACUCAAAGAAAAGUCGUUCCUCUUUAGAAAAAUCUCACUUUCCUAGAAGUGAACUUCAGACAAUGAUGCUGCUAGGUCAUGGAGAGUAUGGUGAGGUGUUUCUGGCCAAAGCAAAAGGCAUUGUCGAUCCAGACCAAGAGGUUGUAGUCAUGGUUAAAGCCUUGCAGACUAGAGAUGAAAACUCACAUUUCGAAUACCGAAGAGAAAUGGAUAUGCUUAACAAACUACGCCAUGAAAAUAUUGCUAAGCUCUUAGGAAUAUGUCGAGAGACAGAACCAUUUUUAUUUAUAACAGAAUACAGUGAUUGGGGAGAUUUGAAACAAUUUCUCCUCGCUACUCGUCGAGAUAAUGUUUCUAGAAAAGGUCCCAAACCACCACCUCUAAAUGUCCCACAGAUGCUGGGUGUGUGCCAUCAAAUUGCUACAGCCAUGGAACACCUAUCCAACCAACGUUUUACCCACAAAGACCUAGCCACCAGAAAUUGCCUUGUAUCUUCACGUUUGAACAUCAAAAUCAGUUUUCCAAGCUUGUCUCGUGAUACCUACGCCGAGGAAUAUUUUAUGUAUCGUAACAAGAACGUCCCUUUGAGAUGGGCUCCCUCAGAAGCGAUACUCGAGGAUGAGUGGUCAACAAAGAGUGAUGUCUGGUCAUUUGCAGUUCUUGUGUGGGAGUUGUUUACACAAGCGGAACUCCCCUUUUCUGAUCUGACCAAUGAAGCUGUGUUGAGGUUCCUGGACAAUGGGGAACUGAGGUGGAAGCCACCAAGUGGGGCACCACUGAGUUUGUGUUCUUUGUUACAGACUUGUUGGAGUUCUUGUGCCAGAGACCGUCCUACAUUUACAGACAUUGUCCAGAGGAUAGGACAAGUGACUGUUGACAGUCAUUUAUAAUUUUUACAAUUUAUGCCAUCCUUAAACUAAAAUUAUUUAGUUCCACUAAGCUGGCACUAAAAUAUAUGCAGCAAACUCUCAAUUCUAAAUAUACACCUUACUGCCUGAUGCCCGAAAACAUAUCUGAACCUUUUUUUUUUUUAUUUGAGUAUUGAGAUUGCAAACUUAUUGAAUACUUUUACCAGUUAAGCCUUUCGACUUUCAACAAGUUUGUUGAGAAAUCUCUUCUUAAUACACAUCUUUCUUAUAAAAUAACAUGAAGGAAAGUAAGUUUUUCUACAGGAAAAACUAAAAGUGAAUAGAUAUCUUCAAACAUUCAGUCAUUUAAAAAUAUACAUGAUCUUUAUUUCUAUUACAAAGCUUAAAUAACAUACUUAUUAAAUUUUUUUUCAGUUACAGAUUUAAAUGUGCAUUUAAAAUCUUUUGAAUAAUUAGACUCUAUUGUAUAGAUACAAUACUGUAUGUUUCUUAAGACUUUUAAUUCUUCUUAAUAUCGUUUCAGAUAUAAGAAAUCAAAGUGAUAUAUAUAUAUAUUUCUUUUAAUUUUUUUAUGUCAGAGUUCCUUUUCAUUUUUUACUUCUAAAAUUUUAUUAUCAUGAGAUCAAUAUUUGAGUGAAUAAUAAUAUUUUUGCUCUUUAUUCCUUUUUAUCAAGGUUCUUUUUCUAAAGUUGUUUUACCUUUACAUUGCUUUAAAAAUAAAUUUAUGUAUAUUUCUAUUGUUCUUAAACUUAUUUCCUUUUCUUCAAACUAACUUUUUUAUUCAGUUUAAAGUAAGUAAAUAAGAUUACAUAAACAAAAAGAUUUAUAUGUUAAUGUACUAUAAUUGAUUCCAUUUAGAAAGUUUUGUUCAAGUUUUAGCUGUCAAUGUCAGUCAGAUUCUGAUUUAAAUAGACCUCUCUAAUGUUUUGUAAAUGUAUAUAAGUGCAUACUUCUCUCUCCUAUUGUUAUAAGAACAAGAAAUAGCGUAUUUCAAAGAGGGGAGCUUCACUCUUCCCUGAUUCUCUUUCUCUUGUCGAUCCAAGCCAAAAAGCUAUCUUAAAUAUUGACCCAACUUGAAAUAGUUAAUAAUAAUUAUAGUCACCGCUACAGACAAAUGGGGAGGGAAGUUCUUUCCAUAGACAGACAAUACAUUUUUAUGCAUUUCCUCUUCAGAAAAAUCUCUUCAUACAAUGAUGUUGUUAGGAGAGCAACUGUUGAAUGAAUUUCAUGAAAUAUUGAAUAAUGAAUGAAAUAUAAACAAGGUUGAAUAUAUGAUGAAUUUAAUCCCUACUGUAAUAUUAGUCGAUAUUUAUUUUAAAAAAUUGAGAGUUUGCUGCUGUGGUAUUUACCAAAUAAUGUGUUCACAUAAUUCAUAAAACAUUGUUGCCACUUUUCAUUUUUGGCAAGCUUAUGUGUGACUGUUGCAAGAAGAUGUAGAUAUAUUUGUGUAUAGAUAUGAAUUUAGUAAAGAGUUCACUGCAAAAAUUUCUAUUUUGAUAUUUCUUCUUAAAAUUUUGUAUUGUUUUUACUAUGACUUGUGAUGUUUUUUGUACAUUUCACAAUUUUUAUAAUUUUUUAUUGUGAUAUGCUCGUAUAUGUUUAAUCUAGAUUAUACUGGAAUUCUCGAUGCCUGAAAUUCAUUUUAUUUCUUUUAACAUUUUGAAUCAGUCAGACAACUAGACUUACAAACUAGUUUUUAAAAUGUAAAAAAAAAUAAUACUUUUAUUUUAUCAAAUAUACUAUGUUAUGCCUCAUUGUACUUGAAUGAUGGGAAUGAUAUUUACCAAUUUAACAUGAACUUUCUGAAUUUAUUAUAACAAAACGCUGAUUUUUUUAAUGUAUAUAUUGAAAAGUUUGGAAAACUAAACUUCAGUAUAAUUUUUUAAAUAAUAUUAAUAUACUAUAAAUAAUAUAACUUGCUAAAUAUUGGUUAACAAAAUUAAAAUAUGCAUCCAACAUUUUAACUUUAACACAUUUUAUCUGUAACUUUUUAACAUUUUAUCCUUUUAGUUCAAAUCAAAAUGCUUAUUUUAUGUUAAGCAUACUUUUUUUAUUUUAUGUACUUACCUUUUAAGUUAUUGAGCUACUUGAUCAAACUUUUUCCUAUCAAGUAGUGUAACCCUAUUGAACACAUUUUUCUGUGUUAAAAAGCUACAAAUUUUACUCCAGGCAAGUUUUCAAACGUUUAAAAAGUUGAAUUUAUUUUGUUUGAAUAAGACUACUUUAUGUUAACAUUAAGACUAAUGUUCUUAAAUUUAAGACUAAUGUUCUUUUACUAUCUCUUAACUAUGAGAUAAUAAGAGCUUUUCAUGUUUAAUUUUUUUUGUGUGUGUUAUUUUUUAUUCAAUAGGUUUUUAUUAUUAGUGAUUUAAUUUACAACCAAUGUUUUAUGAGAACUUAUAGCAAAAAAAUUUUUUCUAUUAACACCAAAAAAGAAUUUAUGUAUUUCAAACCAUUAAAAGUAAAUUUUUUUAUGAUAAGUAACUAUGAUAAGUAAUUGAUAUUUUAGUAUCAUCUAUACUUAUAAAUUUGCUAAUUAAGCUCAAUUAGUUAGUUAAGAUAGUAAUUAAAUGCUCAAACAUAGACUGAUUUUAAUACCAUUUAUUGACUGAAAAAAAGUUUUAAAUUCAUAAUAUUAUAAACAUAUUUCUAUAUGUUAAAAUAUCAAUUUUAAACAAUAACUAAUUGAAAGUAUCAUUGAUAUAAAGAAAAUAUGUACAUAUUUUCUUGGCUCAUGGCUUGAUAAUUUAAGUGGAUCUAUUUCAAUAUUUUACUUCAAAUAUGUAUUGGAAGUUACCUAUGUAAUUUUAAUAAUGUCUUCCUUUGUGAAAAGUACAUAGUUCUUCGAAAUUCUUCUAACAAUACGGAUUUACCAUGUUGUUAGAAAAUUAUUUUUAAUUUUGAAAAAAAAAAUUUCUUUCCAUAAUAUUUUUUAUCUAAAUUGUUUUAUAAAACCAAGUCAAAAUUUCAACCUAUUUAAAUCUUUAUAAUUUAGCCUUUUUUAAUAAACAAAAAUUAACCUUGAAGUGCCGUUGACCAAUCAACAAACUAGUUUUUAUUAUACUCAAAAUUAACAAGUUAUUACACAGUGUUUAAUUUUAAAAAAAGACUUCUAUGUUUUAUUUAAAAUAAUCAGCAAUUGAUAUUGAUAACUGUUUUCUAUCAAAUGUCUCUAUGUUUUAUUUUUUGUGUGAAAUCGGUGAUUGAGUGCCAAAAAUCCUACGAAUUAAAUAAAAGUGCUAGUUUAUUUUUUUUUUAGGUUGGUAUGAAAUUAUCUCCUGACAAUUAAGUUUGUUAAAUUUGGUUAAUUUUUUCAAUAGUUAAGAAUUGCUAAAAAAAAAUUUAGUCAUAUUAAAUAAUAAAAUAAUAAGCAAUACAAAGUAUUUUUAUAGCACCUAAAAUGUGUUUUAGUUUAUUAGAUUAAUAUCUCAACUAGUGGAGGUUUACUUUAAUAUCAAAGUGUCCAUUUUAGAAGUAUCCUAGUGUAAAAGCUUAUUAUUACAGUAUGUAAUAGUAUAAUGGGUAGUACUGUAAUAAUAAGCCAUUAUUUUUGGAUACUCCUUGGCCACAAUUUUCCCACCAACCUGAUAUUAUGGCAUAUUUCAUAUGUUUUCUUCAUUAUAUUCAAUAAGCUUAUUUUCAAAUUUGUGUUAUUUAACCAGUUAGUUAUAUAUCUGUUCCUAGGGCUGGACCUUAUUGCUUUCAGCUGCUCCUGCCAGGUAUGUUAGAUUGGAGAUGAUUAAAAAAUAAAUUUUUCAAAAUGAAACUUCAGCAAUUAUUUAAACUUAGGAAAUGAAGCAAAAUUAUAAGCUAUUUGUGUCGAAGUGAACUUAUUUUAAUUUUUAUGAAGCUCUAUACUGUCUUUCAAUGUAUAUUCUCUCCCCUCUGGAAAAAAAAAUGCAAACCUUAUCUUAAAUUUUCUUUUUCAAGCACAAUUUUUUUAAAUAAAUAUAGCUGAUUUUAUAGUUAAAAUGUCUGUGUCUUAAGCUAUAAAUAACUUUUAUAGUUUACUAUCUAUUAAGUUUUUGGUAAGCUAUUUUAAAUUGUAUCUAAAUUUUAUUUCUGAGAAUUGUUCAAUGCAGUUUCUAUAAACUAUUUCAUUGUAGUUUGUUUUUUUGUAACAUAACUAAAUAAAUCUUGACACACUUUCAAAAAUAUAUAUUAAACACUUCAUUUUUAGCCAUUUGUUCCACAAAGUUCAUUUAGUAAUUAACUUGAGACAAACUCCUUUUACAUGACUCUUCAUCUGUACUAUAUUUCAUACUACUAUCAUUUUUAUUAAUUCUGUCAUAUAAGUUUUUUAUUCCAAAUAUAUCAUUUCAUUUUUUAAUCAGGCUCAAUUACUAACGUUUAUUUUCUGGUUCAUUUCUAUAUAAUUCAAAACUAUUUUGGAUUCAAUUUCUGCUUUUGUUUGAAAGUUCUAUUUUAAACUAUAUCAACUUCUGAGUAUUUUUUAUUGCAGAAUAAUUAAAGUUCUCCCUUGUAAAUGAAAAUAUUAGUUGCCUUUUGGUAUUGAUUGCAUUUUCAUCAAAAUUUGUUUUGUAAACUGUCGAAAAUGUAUUCGAUGUUUGUAUAUGGUUCUGAUGACUUUUUCUUCUUUUUUGAAGAAAAAAAAACACAAAGUUUUACAGUGUAAAAAGAAGUUAAUUAAUAUUGUAAAAAACAUCAUUGUAAAAGUUAUAAAGUGCUUUUAGUGUAAAAAUUGAUGCCAUUUCUUUCUGUACAUUUGCUUCACUAUACUUCGCUUAUUGAAAUGUGCAAUGUUGUGUUUUUAUGAAAAUUCAUCAUUAUGUGUCUGAUAUUUUUCUCCAUAUUUUUAAUAUAAUCUAGACUUAUCUUAAUUUAUUAUAUAGGUAAAAAAACGAAAUGCUGGCAUUUUCAUCAAUUUAUAUCUGUAUAUAAUGUCCUGUCCUUUUUUUACUUUGAAAAACAAAAUGCUGUGUUGUUUGUAAGCGAGAGAUCCUUUCUCUAGUCAUGUGCGGUUGUUCUGAACUUUAAUAAAAAAUAUUCCUUAUUCA